UUUGCAAAUUUUAUUUAUUUGUCAAGUGGAAUAAUAUUUAUGUAAUGCCGCGGAAGUUUACAGCAAAUGGUACCUUUAUUCCUCAAGAUGCUGCUGACAAUGAUAUGUGCAUUUUAUUUAUGAAAUAUGGGCGUUGUAGGUUUAAAACAAAAUGCAAGAAGUCACAUUGGGUGCCACCCUUGCCCGGUAUAUAAUUUAAUGGAUUGAAUAAUACUUUACUUUGGCACGUUGCCUUUUGCAUUAGCAUAAUCCAGACUGCUAAGUUUGCCAUACACGUUGAAGAUCUUCCACACACAAUUUAGCCAUCCUAGGCACGGUUCUUUUGCUGGAGAAGAGAACUUCACCAUGCAGGUAGCAAACAUACUUACCAGUCUGGUGCAUGGUACUUAAAGGGGAAGUCAAGUCCGUAAUGUAAACAAACGGUUUGUUUACAUUUUGAACUGCUGUAUUUUUUAAAAUAUGAUGUACUGUCUGAAUAUCUAACACCAUUUUGGUUCGUUAUGCUUCUACAUGAAUAUGAAAUAGAGUUUGUGUUCAGAAAAAUUCGAAACAUUCAAAAUUUGGGCAAUGUUUACCUCAGAGGGCCCUCUAUUGUUAUGCGCAGAACCGAUGCGCAGAACGGACUUGACUUCCCCUUUAACAUAACAAUAGUAGAACCAAGUCACGAUUUAGUGAACAGAAUGUUCCCUUGUCUUUUCAUCUGAAAAUCCCAUUGUUCUCCAUGCUGUCCAGUCCCAGGCUGACUACCUCACAGACAUUAGUUGUAGACAAUAGACUUACUAUCCGGUUUCAUAAUUUGCUAAUCACACCCUAACAUUCACCGUCACCUGCAAUGAACACCCGUCAGUUAGUCAAACCACUCAUUGUUUAAUGACAUAUUUGUGAUAUAAUGCAGCCUGCAAAGCUUGUUGAAACAAAAUCUGCCACUGGUCAUGUGUAGCUGUAUAACUGAGAAUCCGAGGCAAAAAUGACCAUGAUUUUCUUGACUAGACAACCCAUAUCCUGUUGAAAUAAAACCUCCAUUGCCAAUUGAUGAUGUGCUAAUAGAGAAAGUGAGAAUAAAGAUAAGAAACCUCAAAGAUUCAUCAAAUGAUACUCAAAAAGAACUUCUGGAAAGCAACUCUCAACAUUGUGCAACUUCAACAGAGAUUAUAGACUUUAAAGUUAGCUCGAAAGCAGAUAUAUCAAAGCAGACAAACAGUUGCAUGUUGCCAAAAAGAUUUAAAUAUGUGUUUCAUGACAAGUGUGAUAGUAAGUGGUUGGUUACUUUGGUCAGCAGACCAGUUAGUCAGUUGGUCAGUAGGAUGGUCAGUUGCUCGGUCAGUCAGUCAGUUGGUCGGACGGUCAGUCGGUCGAUUAGUCAGUUGGUUGGUCGGUCAGUCAGUUGGUCAGUUAGUUGGUCGGGUUAGUUGGUAGGUUGGUCAGUCGGUUGGUCGGUCGGUCAGUUGGUCAGUCGGUCGGUCAGUCAGGUGGUCGGUUGGUCAGUCAGUUGGUUGGUCAGUCGGUUGGUCAGUCGGUUGGUUCAUAUAGGCCACUGGCCAGUUAGGUUGUCAUAUGAUGUAUGUAUAAUUAUAUUUCUAUAGACCUCAUUGCCAAAAAUGCUGGUGUCAGCAGAUUGUUUAAUGAAGCAGGAGCAUACUUUGAUAACGUCACACAGAAAUUACAAAUUUGUGAACCACCUGAGAAUAAGGUAACACAUAACCUGGUUCCUAUUUGGUUGGAACUGUCAGGGACAUGUCAAGGUCACACAAAAUUGUCUUGCAUGCACAUAAGUUUUCAUGCACUACUUCCAUGCUUACCUAGACCUGAGCCACUUCACCUACAUUGUGUUAUUUUCAUUAAAGAUAGAAAAACGUCAUUUGAAAGUUUUGCGACGAAUCCACUGGAGAAACACACAAAGUUUGAAAGAGAAGCUCUCUCAAUAUCCACCGAGUUACAACUUAGUAUUUGACAGAAGCAAGAUUAACUUUGCCAGAUUGCAACCUUAUGUAUAUGUCCUUAUUCAUGAAGUAAGAAAAUUAUUAUUUGAUUGUAGUUCCAUUUAUCUUAAAUUUCUGGUACUUUUCUCCACUAAAAUUCUGCAGCAAUAAGGGAUGGCCCUCACUCGACCUCUAAGCCUAAGGAGAACAGUUUAGAACUGAUAUAGCUAUCCAGUAUAAAUAAAGUUAGUUUAGUUUAGGUUUCCUCCUGUUGUAGUUAACACUGGAUCAAUAAGAGGUGAUCCUUACUGGAUCUCCAGGGAGAACAGGGAGAACAGUUUAGAACUGAUAGAGCUAUCCAGUAUAAAUAAAGUGAACUAGCUAAAUUUAGUUUAUAGUUUGUUUUUUUAAAUAUUUAGUGUAUGUGUGUCGGUGGUGAAAAGAAGUCAGUCAAGCCAUCUUCGUUUGAAUAUCUCAUUGCUGACACACUUUUAGCAUACGUGGAUAGUAAAUGUAUCACACCACAAGAAGCUGAAGAAAAAUUACAGCAAUGGGGAGCUAGAGCGGUGAGGGUAAGUAUGCUUUGAAAGAAUGAAAAUGUUUACAAUUUUCGGAGUGUCUAUUGUUUUGUGUUUUAUUAAAGUAUGCUUUGGGUUGCCUUCUUCUUAGAAGAAAUAAAAACCAAACCGCAAAGGUAGUUUCGUUUUAAACGUUUACUCAUGGAAAAAUGUAGGAAUCAUUACCGAAACCCAAAUUAAUACGACACCCAAUAAAUUAGCGCUGCAUUGAACCGUGUCACUCUGCAAUAGAUCCAGAAAGCUUCAGAUUGAUCAAGAUUCAAUUACCUGAAAAAUACAAGGAGAAUUUCCACGUUUCGAGCGUAACUUCCCGACAAAAGGCCUUCAAGAUUCUUUAAUGGCACUAUUUCAUUGGAUUAAUUACAAAGCAGUUUUGGAAUAAAUGAUAUAACCAAAAGAAAAAGCGUGAUAAGAUCAAUAUAGUGGUAGUGGACAGUGGUCAAAGGAGCAUAGCUUUCCAGUUGACCACUGUCUACUAUUUCCUGAUAUUAACUCAGGGUGUCCACGGGCCUUGAAAAUCCUGGAAAUUCCUUGAAUUGGAAAAAAUUCCAGGAUUGCAAUAGAUUCAGUUUUAUUCUGUUGCAGGCUCGUCAGUGUAUAACACAUUUAUGGCAUAUCCUGGCUAUUUCAUCAAAGUCUCCUGAUGGUUGCGCUAAGGAUGUCAUCAGAAUUGAGGAAGAAGUCAUCCAAGGAACAAGGUGUUUUAAUUAAUGGUUUUAUUUUUAUCAGGGUCAAAACGGAUAAUAAUACAGACUAAUAAUGCAGAUGAUUUCUUUUUUAUAUCAGGACGUCAUUGGAUUACGCAUGCGUGUGUGCCUUCGCUUCAAAACGAGGCAAGUUCCAAACAACCACACCGGAAAAUUGCCAGAAUCGAAGGAAGAUAAAUACCUCUAUAAAACAGGGACUUGAAACCAGACGAGCUAGAAAAACUAAAAUUAACUUAUUGAGAAGCACGCGUAGGUCCAGUGCCACUGAGCACGUACUCGAAGGUAGACACAAGGCAAAACGUACUGAUAAGCACGCAACAAAACUCUCAAAACACGAACACGAAAGGAUUAAGCACGCGGGAAAUGUAACUGACCACGCACGAAUUUUAAUUGAGCAGGCUGAAGCCCCGGUUGAGCACGUGGGGAAAACAACUAUGCACACAGAAAAUGCAAGCGAACACGCAAAAAAUGCGAAUGAACACGUGGAAGGAAAUUUAACGCACGAAAAAAUACAAGAAAAAUUGGCGCAGAAAGACAGCGAUGGACUAAACCGCCAAGUUUUGUGUGAUCGUGUUCGAAAGAAACGGAAAAGAUCAAGACAAUUUAAAAAUGUGCCUUUUAAUGAAAGAAAGAAAAUGAAGACACGGUGUGUUCAACUAUUGUCAACUUUAUGAUACUACGAUCAGGUACCAACUCUCACAUUUGUUGAUGUAAAUAAAAAAUAUGUGCAAAAUAUAGUGCUAAUUGUCUGAAUAUUUGAGUGCAAUUAUACCGUAGGCUAUUUAUUGCAAUGGUGGAUUGCGACCAGUCUCUUGGGAAUUAAAACAAUAAAAUGGCGACCAUGUAUGUUGGUACCAAAACAAGUUCAAUCUGAUGACAGGCAGAUAUUGAGAUGCUUUUGUCGGUGGCAACAUGCCGCUGUGACGUAAUGUGUAAUCGACUUCAAUCGACCUAUAAUUGAUGCGAACAGCAGAUGGUAAUCAGUUACGUUUCAAAAAUGUUGAAACUUAUAGGUAGAACCGAGCAAAAUGAAGCCCUCGUACAGAUGGGUAAUUGUUCCUUGACAAGCAUUUCCUCGAGUGUACGGCAGGUUCCCUGUGUGUACUGGUUUUCCUUGCCAAUGAGCCUUCAAUGUUCCAAAGCUAGUCAAAGCUUACAAACACUACUGAAUUGUACAAGAUUAACUAACACCAUUUUCUCAUUCUGAAAACGGCCAGUUGACCAUCAUCUGUUGCACGACAAUGCUCAGCGAAGCUCAUCUUGAUGGUGCUUAGUCAGUAUUAAGCCUACACUACCUAUACGAUUUUUCUUGUUGAAAAUAAUAAAACUUGGGCAUUUUGCUAGCGUAGACUUCCAUAGCGCCAUUAACUAAAUCUUCCCACCAGCUCUUUUUCCAAACUGUUUUGGCAUUAUGUCGUUUGUUGGUGAAUUUCUGUCCUGUUAGUUUCAUCAAAUCUGAGAUAUACACAGCAAAACUUGGCGGGCGGUCAACAUUUGUUCUGUCCAGUGGAUUGAUAAUGGUCACGUUGUUUGCAAAUCCUUGCUCGAAAUUUUCAGGCCAGGGCACAUA